GUAUGUAUACGUUCAUUAGUAUUGAUUCAAAAGUUCCGACAGCAGCCAUGUGGUGGCGCUGUGACGCUUUCAUAGCUUUAGUUUACGGGUAGAAGAAGCACACCACAGGAAGCAAAAUAACAACGUGACUUUAUUUUGAUACCCGGUGUACAUUCACGUUGCAGAAUCUGAAUUUUAUUCACAAUGAAGCACACAGAGGAAAAGCAACAGCUUCCCGCCCUCUAUCUAGAAGUGUGUUGCCAAAAUGAAGAGCCAUGUCUUCCUCUGCACACCUCUAUCACCCUGUUUCUCCUGUCCUACUGCGAUUGCAAGUCCUUCAGAGUCUUCCUGGUCUUCACAUCACCUGAAAGCUCCCAGUCCCUGAAGAGUCAGCUGCCAGAAGGUUUGGAUGUGUCUCACAUACAGAGUGAGGAUCUGCCCCAGUUAGUGAGGGGCUGUCGUCUACCUGCUGCUCUGGAUGAAUCCGGAAUGCUCUGCAGGGCCGGGCUGGCGGUGGUGCUGCGGCAUAUCAUCAGCAAGACCCUGGAGGCUGACCCUUCCAGAAAUGAUGUGUUGGCUCUGCUGGGAUUCAAGAAGACCUGUCUGAAGGCCUGUGCUGAGGUGAGCAAGUGGACCAGACUGUGUGAAAUUGGCAUCCCCUCUGCUGUUGAAGAACACCUCAAAGAUCCCUCAAAUCAAUACGAGCAGCUGCCUCUCUCCAUCCUCAACCUGGAGCGAAGGCUACCGGAGCCUGUCAAAGUGCACAAUGAUGACAAGCUACGCCGGCAGAAACUCCAAGAGAAGAAAAAGAACGAAAAAAACUCAAACUCUGAGUCUGAGCCGGGACAGUCCCUUCAGGUCGGAGACGAACUCGAGCUCAGAGCAGCUUUGGCCAAACUGUCCGUGGAUCCAGUUCCGACUCCGACCACCAGAGAGAGCUGUGAGAUCAGGAAAGUGAAGACCAAACACCUGCCUCCGCUGCAGCAUGUGUUUGCUGAAGGACUGCACUUCACUCUGACUGAUAUGGUGCUGCUGCCAUGCAUCCAUCAAUACCUGUGUUCUCUCCAAGUCCACGCUGCGGGCGUCCUACAUCAGAUCCCCCACCUCCUGCGAUGGUACAGCCGCGUUCAGGAGGUACCUGGGGUCAUCCGCGCAGCAAAGGCCUGUGGGAUAUCUUUUUCCACCCCCGAGGUUCCCACGUCUAGCCUCCCAGGGCCUCCAGCAGAGAGCAACCAACCGAGCCUAUUGGAGCAGGAAGAAGGUCAGGAGACCAACCUCACCUUUGUCGGUGGCCCGAGACCCACCAUGACUAAACUCAAAGAAAAUGGCAUUGAGGCCAUCUUCGCUCCCCAUCCUUGCCCUGCCUGGACCCUUCCUUGGGACAGCUUACCAAGAGCUAUCAACCCCACUGAAGGGAAAAUGUCAGACAUCCGUUCAGUCAGGAAGAGGCAACAGCUGAAUAACUUGGUUGCCAUGGUUACGGAGCAAGCCAGGCCCGGAAACACGGUGGUGGAUUUCUGCAGCGGGACGGGCCACGUUGGGAUCGUUCUAGCUCACACACUUCCAGAUUGCCAGGUGAUCCUCAUAGAGAACAAAGAGGAGUCGUUGGUCAGAGCCCAGAGACGUGGCGCUGAGCUCGGUCUGAAAAACAUCGGCUUCAUUCAGGCCAAUCUGGACAACUUCACCGGACCGUUUCAGAUUGGGGUUGCCCUCCAUGCAUGCGGCGUUGCAACGGACAUGGUGAUGGAGCAUUGUAUCCAGGCAGGAGCGGCCUUCGUCAUCAGUCCGUGUUGCUACGGCUUCAUCCAAAAUGCAAUCAAGUUCUCAUUUCCCAAGAGCAAACGGUUCCAGGAGACUUUGACUAAUAAGGAACACAUGAUCCUCUGUCGCUUCGCAGACCAAACUGCUGUCCAGCUCCGGCCUGACAGGAGACUCAUAGGAAAAGAGUGUAUGGGCCUCGUAGACUUGGACCGCUCCUGGGCAGCAGAGGCUCAUGGGUACGCGUUGCAGGUGAUGACUAUGGAGCCCGAUAGCUGUUCACCAAAGAACAACAUGCUGGUGGGAAAGCCUCCCCCCGAGAGUGGACUGGAAGUCGAUGCUGGCAAACAGAAAGCCCCGGUGCAUAAUUAGGACUGAGAGCAGCGGUGCACAGAGUCCACAGUUCAGCUCGGUCAGGGUUUGAUAAAGUACUGUGGCUCCUGGCUGUCUCACCGACUGUGUUUUUAACCACGCUAUGUUUUAUCUUUAAUUUUUUACAAGCAGUUUUUUUAAGAAACACACUUGGAAAAUAAAGGAGGUGAUUUCUCAUUUCU